AUGCCUCCUCAUCUAUGCACGUCCACUCUGAAAACUGCUUCAGCCCCUGUUGUGGUUGAAUCAACUUCUUCUGGACAUGCUCGCACUCUAUCAUUGAAGCAACAACAGCUGGAUACCGACAAGGCUCUCAAGCAGGCAUCAGCCAAAGACAAGGCAUACACUCAAGCCCUCCGUGUUCAUCAAGCACAGGAAGCAAGCAUGGGCUAUCAGGCAAUCCUGAUACAGGCUCCAGCACCUCCUUCAGCAGCUGCCAAUGCUGAUGGCUUGGAACCAGAGUCCGAGGAUGACGAAAACCAGCCUGCUGUGCACAGUCAAGGGUUCACAUCAGUCACUCUUCAGCCGAUCAUCAAAACAUCUGUACCAACAGGGGGACCAUCGAAGAACCUUGUUCGACAGGUCAGUGGUCAACCUCCUCAGGCUUCACCAUCUAUCAUCCCAGCAGCCGGUCCCUAUAGCCCCAACAGUGUUUCCCUCUAUGGCCAAGGUGACGGUACCUACUAUACAAAAGAAAGGAGACACAUGGAUGCUGAAGAUAGUGACGAUGAGUUUGGGACAAAAUUAUCAGGUGUUACCUACCCACAACCGACUGAAUAUAGGUACCCUCAAGUACACCCUGAUCUUGAAGCAUUUCCAAGGUCUAUGACUGAGGCCAUCUUGGUGAAACCAACUAAGGCUGUAACACCAGCCACCAACCCCCACAUUCGAAAGGAUUGUCCAGUCACCCCUGCGCCGUCAACCACUAUGACAGCACGUGCAUCCCAAGACUUGAAGGAACACAAAGGUAUCUACCGCCACCCCGCUUUUCAAACAAUCAUCAACAAAAACUGGUUCAAAAACAAGAGAGACAAUGGUGUUAUUCACCCUGAGUUCUCUGAAGGUGGUAUGUUGUCAAAGGUGACCAAGGCACUUGCAAUCACGGUGGUGGAGAAUUGCCUUGAUGAGUGGCAAACUGGUGAACACAUUGAUGUCCCCUUCACCACGGCAGCAUACAAGCCCAAAUUCACCACAAACCUCAAGCAACUCAUCGUGUUUGACAACAAGACAAAGGAGUCCAACAUCGUUCCCUGCCUCCUCAAGCAUAUGUUGAAAAUGGCCAGGAAACUGUUCUAUGGAGGUAGCAUAGCCUCUUGUUCAUACAAUAGUUUUGAAUGUUUGAUCUUCAUAGUGAUGAUGAGGGUGAUAGUGUCAUUAAGAAAUCAAGUACGCACCGGCGCUGGUCGAGGGUGGGCAGAUGCAUUGGUUGUUACUUUAUUCUGUGGCCUCCUGGUCUGUUGUGGUGAUCCUGAUGCCAACUCCACCCCGCAAGUUUCUGUUAUUGAGUCGAUAUUUUUGUUUUCCUCCCCAAUCAAGGUCGAGCUCAGAAUUGAAUCCGUCCGCAUUUUCUGCCCGUCCGCGUGGUCCGAGUUUUUCACUUUCAGAACAGUGCUGGAAACUCACAGCUUUCUUUCUCAACUCGCGCCCAUGACCUGGCCUACAAAUUUGAAUGUGUUUGAAAGUCUGGUUCGGUCCGGUUUUUUGAUGCCCAGUGGCGUUAACCGUAACCGUAACCGUAAUUUACAUUUUAAUUCAUAUCUCUCUCGUUUUUUUACCAAAUCUCACGAGACCGGACUUCCAAACACUAAUGCCGCUUAUGGCCUUGUGAAGACCCUCAAGGAUUUCCACAAGAACACAAAGGAAGACAGGGUAAUGCCCUGUCUUCGUCAACAUCUUCUCGGAGUUGCAUGUAUUCAAGAAGCCCCAAACAGCAAGCACGCCAAAGUUGUUGACACCACCGCAGUGCGCCCUAUCCAACUCAGAGCUGAGGACUUUGCCGCUGCUAGGGAGGAAUGGAAGGAUGUCAUGUUCUCGGAUGAGUAG